AUGGCCUCUUCAACGUUUGCUAUCGUUCUCUUUGUCAUUGCCCUCACGUUUCCUACGUCCCAUUUUGCUGCCCACACUUCAUCUUCUUCAUUCACUGCAUUGAAUCAGCUCAAAUAUUGGGCAGAAAAUGUCCAAGGCACCAUGCCUGGAAAUCUUCUGUCCAAACUAUCUCCACUGAGCAAGGAACAAGCUGAACAUUUCACUUCAUUAGCGUCCGAGAAAAAUCUUCCAUUUGAUGCAAAUCUUUGCUCUCUUGCAAACCUAGCUUGUUUAUCCAAAGCACGUGUUGAUAGUUUCUUGGACAAGAAUAAUUACGGCUAUGGCAGAAUUAGCCCAAAUGUUGUCCUACAUGUUGAUCCUUUUUCUUUCUUCAGACUCUCACUUCUCAAACAAGGAAACAUGGUGCAUCUCUCAAGCUUGGAAAACCAAUUGCCCCAACAGUCAUUUCUUCCUUCUCAAACGGCAUCAAAGAUCUCUGUUACGGAAAAUGACCUACGAAAAUUAUUUCCUCAAUCCUUUGAAAGCCCGCAAACAAAAGAUGCCAUUCAAUACACCCUUAUUUAUUGCAAUACUCCUGCUCUUAAGGAAGAGCCUCAGAGCUGUGCAAAAUCCCUUGAGGAAAUGAUUGAAUUUUCAAAAACUGCCAUAGGUGACAAGAAUUUGGUGGCAUUGGCAUCGAAAAACACAGAGGGUUCUAGAAAAGAAUUGAUGGUUGGACGCGUGGAAAAGCUUAAAUAUGGAAAAACUGUGGCAUGUCAUCAAUUAUUUCUUCCUUUUGCAACAUAUUUCUGCCAUUUGCUGUCCAAUAUUGAAGUCUAUGCAGUAGAUGUUGUUGAACCUAGGACCAAAGUUCCAGUUAAUACAGUCACGGUGGUAUGUCAUAUGGAUACUUCAGGCUGGUCCCCUGAUCAUGUGGCCUUGAAGAUAUUGAAAACUUCUCCUGGCCAAAGUGAAGCAUGCCAUUGGAUGUCUCAAAGUGAUCUCAUUUUCAUUUCUCAAGGAAAGAACUAA